UUGCGACGGAGUUCGAUCGACCUCCCACCACAAGCUCUCCCGAUCUCCAAGAGCCGGGAAACCCUAGCAAUGGCGAUCGCCGCCCUGCGUCGGAUCCCUGUCCACCUCGCUCGAUCCGAUCCCUUCAUCUAUCUCCGGCCCCUUGCGCGCCCCUGCUCCUCUUCAUCUUCCGCUGCCAUCGCUCCCUCCUCCUCCGGUUCCAAGAAGGUCGCCGACCGGAUCGUCAAACUGCACGCCGUCGAUCCCGAAGGAAGCAAGCGUGAAGUGGUCGGACUCUCCGGUCAGACGCUUCUCCGCGCUCUGAUCAACGCCGGCCUCAUCGACCCCGCGUCCCACCGCUUGGAGGAGAUCGACGCCUGCUCCGCGGAGUGCGAGGUCCACAUCGCGCAGCAGUGGCUCGACAAGCUUCCGUCGGCGUCCUACGACGAGCGUUACGUUCUCACCAGGGCCUCCAGGGACCGCAUCCUCAACAAGCACGCCAGGCUCGGGUGCCAGGUCGUUCUCCAGCCCGAGCUGCAAGGUGUCUUGAGUUCCCUCUUGAAUGUAUUAUUCAAUAUGCAGAAGAGACUGAUGAAGACAAUGUUCUAAAAAUAUAAAUGGUAUCAAGGAUCACCGUUUCGAGUAAGGGAUCUGUUUUAGUGAUUUGAUCGGAUUGGUAUACUAGUUAAUACCAGUGUUCCAUGUGUUGAUACACCGGUAAGUAUCAACGUUUCAAAGAGGAAGAAAAAGGAGAAGAGGAAGCAUGGGUGGAGGAAGAGGAGGAAGAAGAGAAAGCGGUGGAGAAGAAGAAGAAGCGGCAGAGAAGAGAUGGGAGUCUACCUUGGAAGAAGGAAUGCAGCAACAACGGCGUUGGCAAUGGCAUCAUGAACCAGCAACGACGACAACGGCGGUGGUAGCAAUGUUGGAUGAGACACGAGGGCUCGCAAAUACUUUCUAUUUUAGUUUUUUCCUUUUUUUAAUGCUGAGUUGGAUUGGCUCCACUGCUAUUUUAAGGUUUAUUUUUAUUUUUUUUUUUUUUUGAGUUGGACCAGGCUACCCGAAACAGGGGUGGUCCAUGUCCGGACCAGUAUAUAUUGUCUGUUUUGUACUGUUUCAGGUGGUAUGACAAUCCUUGAAUGGGAUGUUUAAAAAGUAAAAGGGAGUGAAGAGUUUUGUGUGAUCAUACUGUGCCCCUUAUAUGUAUAAGAUAAUUGUAAAGCCAGUUGUGCUUUA